UCGCUUAGUUCAUUUAAGGAUAAGCAUCUUCAGAGCAGCGGUCCGAGGAGGUGAUUAGCGUCUCGUCACGCGAGCACCGGAAGGGGACCAGCCACCCGGACAGUCGGCGAGAUCUCAGAAUCUAGUGAGGCCUCUAGCGGCCUUCUCGGUUGAGGGCGGAAGCGACGACUGCGUGGUACCGGCGGCGCCAGAAGAGAACUCCUGGACCCACGUGGAAGUUGCGCCCAGGAUGCUGCGCCGCGAGGCCCGCCUUCGCCGCGAGUACCUGUAUCGCAAGGCCUGUGAGGAGGCUCGGCGAACGGCCCAGGAGAGGAAGGACAAGGUUCGGCGUGCGCUCGAGGAGAACCGCCUGAUUCCCACCGAGUUACGCAGGGAGGCUCUGGCCUUACAGGGUUCCCUGGAGUUUGACGAUGCCGGCGGUGAAGGUGUGACCAACCACAUGGAUGAUGAGUAUCGAUGGGCAGGGGUUGAGGAUCCCAAGGUCAUGAUCACUACUUCCCGAGAUCCCAGUUCCCGCCUCAAGAUGUUUGCAAAGGAGCUAAAGUUGGUGUUCCCAGGCGCCCAGCGCAUGAACCGUGGCCGGCAUGAGGUAGGGGCGCUGGUGCGAGCCUGCAAAGCCAACGGGGUCACUGACCUGCUGGUCGUCCACGAGCAUCGAGGCACACCUGUGGGGCUCAUUGUCAGCCACCUGCCCUUUGGCCCAACCGCAUAUUUCACACUGUGCAACGUGGUCAUGCGGCAUGACAUCCCCGACCUGGGCACUGCGUCGGAGGCCAAGCCUCAUCUGAUUAUGCAUGGCUUCUCCUCCCGCCUGGGUAAGCGGGUCUCCGACAUACUCCGCUACCUGUUCCCUGUGCCCAAAGAUGACAGCCGCCGGGUCAUCACCUUCGCCAACCAGCACGACUACAUCUCCUUCCGGCACCAUGUGUACAAGAAGACCAACCACCGCAAUGUGGAGCUGACCGAGGUUGGGCCUCGCUUUGAGCUGAAGUUGUACAUGAUCCGUCUGGGCACGCUGGAACAGGAGGCCACAGCAGACGUGGAGUGGCGCUGGCACCCCUACACCAACACUGCACACAAGCGGGUCUUCCUGAGUGCCGAGUGAGCCCACUCACCAGUCAGGAUGUGGACCUGGACCCGGGAGCUGGGGAGAGGAAACAUCCUGACCAGGUCCGCCUGUAAAUGACUGCAGGGAGGAAGAAAUUAACACAUCCUCUCCAGAGGCUGAUGGGAACCAGGAAGUGUUUGAUUUUACUUCCUCCUCUUUUAGUAUAAAAGGAGCCUGAAUUCUAACUCAGGCAAGAUGUUUCUUCGGGGCACGAGCCCACCAUCUUCUCGGUUUGCUGGCUUUCCAAAUAAAGUCUUAUUCCUUGUCCCAACAA